UUCCACCUAAAUCGAAUUUUCCGCCCUGAUUUUUUUUUACCAAAAUUGAUAUAUCUUUAACCAGGUUACAUUUAGAACCUCCAUAUUACCUCAUUUUGUUGAAAAAUGAUUCACGAAGCUAAUGAAACCAAAAUUGAUGAGAUUGAUCAAAUAGUUUCUUCAAAAAAUAAGCAGAACUCAAGAUUUUUGAACGAAAAACUGGUGUUUGUAUGGAAACCAAAAAACUUUUUUUUUUUUGAUGCGUCGAUACACCAAAAACACUGUAUAAACCAUGCUCAGAACAUAUUGAGUCACUUGGGGACAUUUCAAGGAAUCGAUUGGUACCCGGAUUUCCCCGGAAGUACCUCCCAAAGCGGCCAAAAGUAAGAAGGAAGUUGGAAGUCUGAUUCCGGACAUUUCCUGUCGUACCGGCAUCCUUGCCUGGCCCGGCGUUUGUUGCAUGCACAGUAGAAAAAAGCUGAAUAAAGAUGGUGAAAAAACCGAAAACAAUAAAAUACUUCAACUUUAUCACCAACAACUUUUUGCAAAAAUGCUAUCAAGUCAAUGAUAAUGAAUUCUAUUGGUUUUGGUAUUAUUACACACAAUAUUUCAAUAAUUUUGGCUAAUUUGCAUUGAAUGAUUGGAAAUUCCAAAAACAAAAAACGGUUUCUACUGUGCAUCUUUUCUAAAUAUGUUUUGUUGCACGCUGAUUGUUUUGUUGCACGUAGUUUGUUUUGUUGCUUAUGUUUGUGUUGAUACAUUCAUUGGUAACAGCUGUUUGGUUCGCGGUUCCGGUCGGAUUUCGGUUCAAAUUCCGCGAUUAGAGGUCGGUCGGUCGUUCCGCGAGUGAGAAAGUGUUGUUUUGGUGCAUGCGUGUGAUGUUCCGGGAGGACGAGGCAAGCUGGUCCAGCAGUGUGUGAGUCUAAUGUACCGGGAGGACGGAAGAAACCCGGGUUUGCCGGUGGAGGUGAGCUGGUGUGUAUGUUGUCCCAGGAGGACGGAACAAACCCGGGUUUGCCGCGUCCUCACCGAGAUCGUUGGAAGUAAGCUGGACCAGCGGUGUGUUGUCCCGGGAGAAAGAAAAAACGGGUUUUCCGGUGGAGGUAAACUGGUGUUUGUGUUGUCCCAGGAAGACGGAAGAACCCGGGUUUGCCGCGUCUCCACCGAGAAAGGGAGGACAAAAGAAGAUCCAGGAGGACGGAAGAAUCCCGGGUUUGUUGGUGGAGACGGAAGGAAGCCGGGUUUGUCGGUGGAGGUAAACUGAGGUGUGUGUUGUCCCGGGAGGACAGAAAACAACCCCGGGUUGCCGCGUCCUCACCGGAACGGAAGGACAGAAGAAGAUCCGGAAAUGCAACUCAGUCGAAAGGAUUAAAAAAAUAAUGAGAUAUCGCAAAUUUUUUAACGCUUGUUUGGAAACGCGGUAUGGUAAGUAUUUUGUAAACAAAUGCAUAUAUCUUGUAUAAAUAAAAUAAACUCAAGAAAAAACUAGUUAUUCUAAAAUUCUAAUAUUCUAAAAUUCUAAAAUUCUAAAAUUCUAAAAUU